CUGCUCAGUGUACGUGUUCGGCAGUGGAACGGGGCUACAGUAAGAACGUUUCGUGCAGAGAUAUCCCGAUUUUCCCAGUUGUGGCUAUUUUGUCCCUACCGAGUUGCUUAGUGGUCCCGAAGAAGGACGUGUUGGAAAACACAGGUCUCUGGAAGAAUAUUCUGGCAGUGAGGGUUAUCAGAUGGUCUCAAAAAGUGAGUUAUCUCAACCGUCAUCUCAGUCUGAGCAGUUACCUUGCACUGUGUAGGCUAUAGGCUAUAAAGAAAGAGCAAGGGAUGCGUGACGCUGAAACAGAGGAAGAUAUUCUCGACAGCAAGGCUAAUUGGUGUGAUUCAUGUCCCCUUUGAGUGUCGGUAACGACUUCAUACCGAAAGAGAGGGAGCGAUUAUCAGAGAGAACAGCACACCCGUCCACAGGAGUCAAAUAUUUUCGCGUCGGGUUUAAGGAAUGAUACCCAAUUUGAAAUGGACAAUUUCUGAAGACAAGGAACAUACGCCUUUCAAAGUUUUGCAGCGGUCUUUUUCAGAGGACACCGUUAUAAAGCUUGAACCUAUUUAGUAAUGGGAUGGCAGGUGGGGGAAUGAUGUUCCGGAAAUUUUUGGCAAAAUCCUCAUCUUUAUCUUUGGUUGUGCUGACCUAGCACUCCGGUCACUGUUCGGCCAUUUGUUCAGUAGUGGGAGAAAUUUCCUCCGAUCUCGUCCACUAGCCAAAGAUAUGUUGCACAGCAAUUCCACAAAGAUUGACGUGCGUAUUGGGUUCUGUUCAAUCGCAUUGUUAGGCUAAGUCAGCUUCUUUUAACUAUUGGGUCAUCAACUUUUUUUCCUCCGAACUCAUCACAUUAAGAUUAACACGCGCAUCUUAAAGGGGCUCCAGUGGUCAUUUCUGAACUUAACAGUUACUAAGACUGGACUGUGCUCCUUGAUUUGAAGAAAUCCCCCCCCAAAAUAGGCCUGCUGCAGGGAGGACCUGUCAGAGAGCACCUGUCACUCAUCCCUCCGCCAGCGUGUCAGAACGCCCGUCUCCGUCAGGGGGUCAGCUCCUGCCCCCCCCUCCUCCUUCCUCCAUCCUCUCCUCCUGUGAUCUGCUCUUCGGGCCCGUGACAACCACCCCCCCUCCCCAACCCCCGACCCGGACCGGCGGCGACCGGUCCCCAAGGUAACCGCCCGGGGCGACCCCGAGAUCCGAAAAAACAAACGCCCCGCUCUCCGCCGCUGCCCAAGCCGCUAACAGGAAGCCGGCAUGCUGCCAUCGUUCCCCGGCACCCCUCGGAUUACUUCCUAAAACCUGCUCCCCGCGUCUCUGUGCGUGUGCAGCGUUUUUCCCCACCGCGGAGCUUCCACAGAAGAGCCUGCCCCCCCAUUUCGACCCCCUCCCCCCGGCGCGACCGCCCCGCUCGCCGACAGGAAGCAGAGAUGCGCUGCUUCCCCCUGGCGCUGGUGCUGCAGGCGGCGUGGGCCAGCCUGUGCCAGGCUGCCAUGCAGCACUACCCGGCGGCUUGGGGGCACUACGACGUGUGCAAGUCGCAGGUGUACACGGACGAAGGCCUCACCUGGGACUACAUGGCCUGCCAGCCGGAGGCGGCCGACAUGACCAAGUUCUUGAAAGUGAGCGUGGACCCCCCCAACAUCACCUGCGGGGACCCCCCGGAGACCUACUGCGCCCUGGAGAACCCGUACAUGUGCAACAACGAAUGCGACGCCGACACCGAGGAGCUGGCCCACCCCCCCAGGCUCAUGUUUGACUUCGAGGGGCGCAACCCCACCACCUUCUGGCAGUCCACCUCCUGGAAGAAGUACCCCAAGGCCCUGCUGGUCAACAUCACCCUGUCCUGGAACAAGACCAUCGAGCUGACGGACGACAUCGUGGUCACCUUCGAGUCCGGUCGCCCGGAGCAGAUGGUCCUGGAGAAGUCUCUGGACUACGGCCGAAGCUGGCAGCCCUACCAGUUCUACGCCACCGACUGCCUGGACGCCUUCACCAUGGAGCCCAAGACGGUGCAGGAUCUGACCCAGCACACCCUGCUGGACAUCAUCUGCACGGAGGACUACUCGCGGGGCUACGUGUGGAAGUACGACAAGACGGUCCGCUUUGAGAUCAAGGACCGCUUCGCCCUGUUCGCUGGGCCCCGGCUGCACAACAUGGCGUCGCUGUACGGCCAGCUGGACACCACCAAGAACCUGCGCGACUUCUUCACCGUCACCGACCUCAGGGUGCGCCUGCUGCGCCCGGCCACUGGGGCCACCAUGGUGGACGAGAACAACCUGUCCCGCUACUUCUACGCCAUCUCCGACAUCAAGGUCCAGGGAAGGUAG